GGACCUGGGCCGCCACCUCGCGCCGCGCAGUGCCUUCCCGGAGCGCGUCCUCGUCGCGGAACUUUCCAGAGCAGCAACCGCCACAGCAGCAAUGGCCCCGCCUUGGGUGCCCGCCAUGGGCUUCACCCUGGUGCCCAGCCUGGGGGGCUUCCUGGGCUCGUACUACGUCCGCGGGGAGGGGCUCCGCUGGUAUGCCAGCUUGCAGAAGCCCACGUGGCACCCGCCCCGCUGGGCGCUGGGCCCCAUCUGGGGCACCCUCUACUCGGCCAUGGGGUAUGGCUCCUACAUGGUCUGGAAAGAGCUGGGGGGCUUCUCGGAGGAGGCUGUGGUUCCCCUGGGUCUCUAUACUGGGCAGCUGGCCUUGAACUGGGCAUGGCCUCCCAUCUUCUUUGGCAGCCGACAAAUGGGUUGGGCGCUGGUGGACCUCCUGCUGAUGGGUGGGCUGGCAGGAGCCACGGCCGUGGCCUGGUACCGGGUGAGCCCGCCAGCCGCCCGCCUGCUCUACCCGUACCUGGCCUGGCUGGCCUUCGCGGCCGCGCUCAACUACUGCGUGUGGCGGGACAACCGAAGCUGGCGCGGGGGCCGGCGGCUCGGCGAGUGAAAGCGCACCGUCCUCCGCGGACCCCAGCUGCUGCGAUCAGACGCCGCCCGGGGUGGCAGCCCAUGUGCUUCUGUGGCCGCCCGGCCUGCGGGUCUGUCGGGGUCUCGGCCCCGGGGAUCAUUGCCGGCUGCAGAGGUGCCCCAGGCCGAGCCUCUAUGCCAGGAACGGUGUCCUGCGCUUCCUGCUCCGCUCCAAGUGUGCUCUCGGAACACGGAGGCUAGAAGCCAAAUAAAGUUUGUAACCUCC